AGGCUGGUUCUCGCUGACGGACGGCUCGGCAUUGGGGCUGCUUCAGCUCACGAGGGAAGAGAUCCAUGGCACCAGGAGGAACAUGGCCGAUCCUCUGGGAGAGGAGUCGACCGACGAUCUCGUGGUGAACCACGGCCAGGCGAAGUCGCUGACGCGCCUGCAGGUGCGCAUCACGCAGCUGCUGGAGUGCCGCGCGCGGGACGAGCACCUUCGCAGCAGGAUCAGGAACGCGCCGCUGAACGAGAUCCGCGAGCUUCUGUCCGAGGCCGUGCCGGGGGCCCGCGUGUGGCCGCUGCACGACCCCCUCGUCAGCCGCCUGAUCGCGUUCAACGUCACGCGGGGGCGCUGCCAGGGCGGCCUGUGCAGCAUGCUGCGGCUCGACCGCGGGGGGCGGUUCCUGGACAUCGCCCGUUGGCACUACGGGGAGGAGGUCGCGUUCCUGUACGCAUGGCAGGCGCACUACGUGAACAUGCUGGGGAUCUUCGUCGUGCUGUCGCUUCCCUUCAUCAUGUACCGCACGUCUGUCGGGAAGGGCAACAUCAGUUGGUGGAUGUUCCCGCAUUCCGUGAUCACGGUGUUCUUCGGGCUGAUGGUCACAGAGAUGUGGAAAGCGAAGGUCGCCAUCCUCGUGCAUCGCUGGCGCGCGCACGUCGACACCAGGGGGCGCUGGCAGCGGCUGGUCACCCGCGUGCUGGAAGACGACCUGGAGAGCAUCAGGGCCGCCGCGCUGCGGGAGGGGGCGCAGAUGCGGCGGGCGGCCCUGGAGGACGGGGCGAAGGGCCGCGUCACGAUCGCCAAGGCCGUCGAGGCCUUCGAGGAGCGCGUGGGCUGGUCGCUGCCCUACCGCCUCAAGAGCGUCCUGGACCCCUCGCUCGAGGAGGAAGAGUGCUUGCAAGACGCCUCGCGCCCGUACGCGAGCAGGCCCGCCGCCAGCCAGCCCGUGCUGACCUCCAGCAGGCCCCCGAGGCUUUCGAAGCUGAGCGCCAAGCAGUCGAGCAGGGUCCGGCUGAAGGAGCUGGAGGAGUCCGCCGCGAAGGCCUGCCGGGACACGCUUCCCGUGCCCGGGCUCUGGAGGGGCGCGCCGCCGCCGCGCACGGGCGGGCGGCCCCUGCGGUGCGCGGACCUGCUCCGCACCGCGAAGACGCUUCUCAUCCUGCCCAUCAUCCUGGCAGAGUGGACGAUCAUCAUGGCCUUCUUCAGCUGGAUCGUGUGGUUCGAGGUGUGGGUCAUCUUCGACUGGGGCGGUUGCAAAGAGGUCAACAUGAAGGCGGGCGACGACGAGUGGAAAUGCCUCUCCGCCGACCAGGAGCGAGGCUGGCUGGGCGCGGUGGUGGGCGCUCUGCCCUCCAUCUUCGAGGGCGUCUUCUUUGAGCUGCUGAUGCUGGUGUCGAAGCUGACCGCCAACCUCCUCAUAGGUC